GCAGCAGCAUCAACAAAACCAAUUGAAAAAACAAAACUGUCGAGGCGACCUCUGUUGGCGAGCUCAUGAAACGCACGUUGACAUUCCACAAACCUGGCGAGAACUACAAGACAGAAGGCUACGUGAUAACUCCGAACACUAUGGAUCUGAUGAAGAAGCAUGUUGCUGAGACUGGCGCAAAAGUGAUGACACGGUUUCCACCGGAGCCAAAUGGGAUUUUGCAUAUUGGGCAUGCUAAAGCCAUCAACAUCGACUUUGGUUAUGCACAGGCUACUGGUGGCCUAUGUUACCUUAGGUAUGAUGACACAAACCCAGAAAAAGAGGAGGAUGAAUUUGUACGUGCUAUCAAAGACAUGGUCAACUGGCUAGGAUACACUCCUUUCAAGGUGACUCAUGCGUCUGAUAACUUUGAUCGACUGUACGAACUAGCGGUGGAGCUGAUUCACCGUGGUCAUGCCUAUGUCUGCCACCAGGUGGCUGAGGACAUGCGUGGAUUUAAUCCCCCGCCCUCCCCCUGGAAGGACCGUCCGAUCAAUGAGUCUUUACAGCUGUUUGAGGACAUGAAAAAUGGUCUGAUUGAUGAGGGAAAGGCGACCCUGAGGAUGAAGGUCACACUGGAAGAAGGGAAACUUGACCCUGUUGCCUACAGGAUAAAGUUUACUCCACACCACAAUACUGGAGACAAUUGGUGUAUCUACCCAACAUAUGAUUUCACCCACUGUUUGUGUGACUCGAUAGAAAACAUCUCGCACUCUCUCUGCACAAAGGAGUUCCAGGCAAGACGAUCAUCCUAUUACUGGCUUUGCAACGCUCUCGAUGUCUACUGUCCUGUGCAGUGGGAGUAUGGCCGGCUGAACCUGGACUAUACUGUGGUGUCCAAGCGCAAAAUAGCGAAACUCAUGGAAGUAGAUUGCGUCAGGGGCUGGGAUGAUCCGAGGUUGUUCACACUUACCGGUCUGCGACGCAGAGGGUUCCCGGCGAAAGCAAUCAACAACUUUGUCCUAAAACUUGGAGUAACAGGCGCUCGGAUUGUUGUAGACCCUCAGAUGUUGGAGGCGUGCGUACGUGACGAACUUAAUGUGACUGCGCCUAGGGUCAUGGCUGUCCUCAACCCACUGAAGGUCACUCUCGUGGAUCUGCCAUUUGACAGCCAGGAGGUCGAUGUACCGGAGUUUCCGAACGAGCCCAACAGGGGGACGCAUAAAACCGUGUUUGCCCGCACGCUCUACGUUGAGGAAAGUGACUACCGCGAGGUUGCUGAUAAAGACUUCCGUCGUCUUACGAACCAGCAACCUGUCGGCUUAAUGCACAUUGGCUACGUUAUCAGCGUCCAGCAAGCGGUGAAGGAUUCCAAUGGCAAGGUAAUUGAACUGUUAGCAUACGCACUACCCCUAGCUGAGACGACGAAGCCUAAGGCAUUCAUCCACUGGGUGUCGCAGCCGCUCACGUGCGAGGUUCGACUUUAUGAAAGGCUGUUUAAACACAAGAAUCCUGAGGAUCCCAGAGAAGUUCCUGGUGGAUGGCAGACUGAUAUUAAUAAGCUGGUGUUUAAUCGUACGGUGACGCUGCGAGAAGAUUCGGCAAAGAGUUGAGCACCAUCUAUAGUCUGCUUCACGAACUCAUGCCAUGCCAGGAACCACAGAGGAACAAUGAAUUAAAUGUGUAAAUCUUUAAUUGUCACUUAUAUUUUAUCAGAACUGUCUGAAUCAUCAUAGAGCUCACAUUACUACUAAGUAAAUCAUGGAGCUAAGUUUCUUUCUCAUGCAAUUAGCCAAUUAAUUUCUGAUAAAUUACAAUUAUUACACAAAGUA